AUGUUCAUCGCACGAUCGGAAUAUGCCACAUCGGAGGGUGUCAUCCUGGGCGUCGAGAAACGUGUCACAUCCACCCUUCUUGAAGCCUCUUCCGUCGAAAAGAUCGUAGAAAUUGACCAGCAUAUUGGCUGUGCCAUGUCUGGUCUGCAGGCCGAUGCCCGGAACCUUGUUGAACAUGCCCGUGUUGAAUGCCAGAAUCAUGCCUUCCACUACGCCGAGCCACUGAGGGUUGAGAGCUGCACUCAGGCGAUUUGCGACCUGGCAUUACGAUUCGGAGAGACCGGUGAUGAUGAGGAGAGUGUCAUGAGCCGACCUUUUGGUGUCGCUCUGUUAAUUGCUGGCUUUGAUGAGGAUGGUCCUCAACUAUAUCAUGCGGAACCGUCCGGUACGUUCUAUCGGUACGACGCGAAGGCCAUUGGGUCCGGAAGUGAAGGCGCGCAGGCGGAGCUCCAGAAUGAAUAUCAUCGCUCUUUGACGCUGGCCGAGGCGGAAACGCUAGUUCUGAAGACGCUGAAGCAGGUUAUGGAGGAGAAACUGGAUGCAAAGAACGUGCAGUUGGCUAGUGUGACUAAGGAGAAGGGGUUCCGUAUCUACAAUGACGAAGACAUGGGAAAUGCCGUUGCGCGGUUGGGCGAAAAUCAAUGA